AUGAUCAUAAGUUUAUGUAUGGUUUGUGGUUCACUUCUCUAUACUCUCAAUAAUCCAGAUCCAAAUACAACAAUACGUGCAUUUUGUAAAUCACGUGUCUAUAUACUGCAGUCAACUUUUAUGAUGACUCGUUGGAUGAUAACUAUUGCUUGUAUUGAUCGAUAUGCAUUAAGUUCAAGAAACGCACGUCUGCGACAAUUUGCACAAGUACAUAUUGCACGCCGUGCAGUUGUUAUUAUUAUUUGUAUUUGGCUUAUCUUACCUAUUCAUACGAUUGUGUUCUAUGAGAUACGUCCAGGUGCCGGUAUUUGCGCUAUUGUAUAUGAUCGAACAGCGGCACUCUAUCAUAGUUCUUAUACUAUAAUUACUGGUGGUAUCUUUCCUUUGACAAUCAUGAUUACAUGUAGUCUACUCAUUCGACAUAAUCUUGCCAUUAAACGUAGUAAACGCGAAGAGCAUGUAACCGAAAGUAAUUUCGUUACUCAACGAACAAGUCAUGAACGUAUACAACGUACACGUGAUCGACAUGCAUUAGCUAUGUUAUUUAUACAAGUCAUUGUCUACUGUUUCGUUCAAGCACCUCAAUUAAUCUAUACACUUUAUGCUGCUAUAGUUAGCAAUGUUCCAAAUAAGUCACCUGACCGUUUAGCUAUUGAACGAUUCUCAUUUUUUUUUGCUAAAUUGUGUGUCUAUCUAUUUCCUGUUACAGCAUUCUAUUUAUAUAUACUAGUGUCGCGAAGUUUUCGAGCCGAACUAUUCAAUAUUGUAAAUGCAUCAACUAUGGUAUGUUGCCGUCGUCUAAAUAUUCGUAUUGAACCAGUAACAAAUGCAAAUAUUACCGCUACAGAACGUAAUGGUCAAGAUGCAAAUGCCCUAACAUUAUCACGUCAAAAACAAGUGACGGAGCAUCCACUUGAGGAAUUGCCCAAUGUCUUAUCCAACGCCAAGUUCACAUAA